AAAUGUCUACUUUCCCUGUCACUUUGAAACACAUCAGCAUUCUUACAUUGAGGUCUAAGGUCACCAAUUCGCCUGGAAACCACUUGUCACUAGAGCGACAGUGGGCAGAAGCUCCAAAGGAAAGGUAAACAGUCAGCUCAGUAACCUUUGACCUCCCUGUACAAUCUUCUUCAGCCUCUAUUGAUCCCAGAGAUUCUUUUAGUUUGGAGUGCGAGUGUGACAAAAUUCUCAUAAUGCAUUUUUUACAUGGUUGACAUUCAACAAUUGGCUGCUGUGUCCGAGUAGAAGAGGAUAUAUGAACUCUUGGAUUAUUCGUUUAGACCUUUUGGGCCAGUGUGCAUUUCAGGAUAAUCCAGCAUGUCUCUUAUAGCUCCACAACGCAAACAGAGGGCUGAGAAGUUUGUUUAAAGUUUUAAGCUCUUCCAAGUGAAAAAUGAGAACAGUGAUUUUGCUGUUUUGGAUCUUUGCUGGGGUGGCUAAGACUGUAGUGCUUCAGCCAAGUCUGAAUGUAUCGUUGCCCCAGAAUGUGUCUUUGGAGGGUGAGACUUGGACUGACCGGAGUCCUGAUGACCUCCAUCAACCUCCAGCAGUGGUGGAAGAAGAGCUAAAAUGGGAGAAAGAGCCCGGAACCCAGAUUACUGUAACAGUAAAAGCGGAAGAGGAGACUGAUGUUGUACACAGUCAGAAAAUUGGGGAAGACAAGCAUCAAAUCCUGAAAGAAGCAGAGGAGGAGGAGCAAAGAGAAAGCAAUGAGGGAAAGCAAGGUCAUGAGAAAGUACAAGAUAAAAGUGUGGAUGAGGAGAACAAAACCAGAGAUGAAGAACGAAUUCAGGAAGAGAAUCAGGGUGUAGAUGCUUCUAUAACUCCAUCAGUAGACACUCCCCUUGCUACUCUCUUUCCUUCCCAGUAUUUCUUAUCCACCAUCACUCCAUCUUUGAUCACCACCACCACAACACAAAGUCCUGCAGACAUUAUACAGAUUAAUCCUGAUAUUGAAGACCAAAAUACAUCUCUGUCAGGUACUCACACAAGUCACAUUUCAGCUCUAAAGAACACAUCUAUGCUAUCGACCAAUGAGAACAGCACACAUGAGAAUUCUUCAUUGGGUCAGAUUGAGACUUUUGAAGAGACUGUGGAUGCUGCUUCCACGGCAAUGUCGGCUAGGGCUGGCCCUACUGCUGUGAGCUUACCCAGCACCUUCAAGCCCAAACCAAAGACUAAACCUCCAAAAAUCAAAGACAAACAGAUAGUGAAAACAAAGAAAAUCAAGCUUCAGAAGAAGGAGAAGAAGGUGAAGGAGAAGAGCACCAAACCUCUGAAAAAUGCAAAGCAGGUGAAAAAGUUAAAACAGGAGAAAGAUCACCUGACCACUGCCCCAUAUUUUCCAUAUUUUGAAGAUCAUUACUGCCCACCAGAUUGUGCUUGUUAUGGGAGGGUGGUGCAAUGUUCAGACAAAGGGCUGGAAAAGUUUCCAUAUGGUAUUCCAUACAAUUCCCGCUACAUCCUUCUUAUGAACAACCGCAUCGAGAGCAUUCCGCUGGACCUGCUUUCAGAGUACCUUUCUAUGGAGUUUCUGGUGCUGAGUAACAACCGUCUGGUAGACAGUUCCAUCGAAGGUGCCUUCGAAGGCAUCCAGGCAUUAAAGAGGCUGUAUUUGGACCGGAACCUCCUCCAUAGUGUCCCUACUGACCUUCCAGCCUCGCUGGAGGAGCUCCGCCUGGAUGGGAACAAAGUGAAAGUGAUGUCAGAGGUGGCCUGGUUUCGCUGCCCUGGCCUGCUCAUCCUCAGCUUGAGCAACAACAGUUUAGAAAGUGUCUCAUCCUCAUUACCUGUUGGAGUUUUGUCUCCACUAAGCAGCCUUCGCACGCUCAGCCUCUCCCACAACCGUCUUACCUCUGUCCCCUUGCGCCUCCCACUUAGCCUUCAAGAGCUGUACCUCCGUGGUAACCUCAUCCAACGCUUCCAGCCAGGAAUUUUUCAGGGCAAGGCACAGCUUCAAGUGCUGGACCUCAGUGCCAACAGGUUGACCAACAAGGGUUUGGGCAAGGGUGCACUCAUCAAUGUCACCCGCUUGGAAAGUCUCAACCUAGAAGGGAACUUCUUGAAGCAAGUCCCUCGUUACCUUCCACAAUCCCUGAAGACCCUUAACUUAGAGGGGAACUCCAUCUCGAGCAUCAGCAAGGCCACAUUUCUCUCACUUCCACACCUGGAGCACCUUGGCCUGGCCCGCAACAAGAUCUCCAAGGUAGUGCCUGGAGCAUUUCGGGUGCUUCCUUUGUUGCACCAGCUGGAUCUGAGCCACAACGUGCUUCACCAGGUCCCACGUCAGCUCCCGUCUUGGCUCAUUUAUAUUGCACUCAACCAUAACAAGAUUCAGAUGGUUCCACGUGAUGCAUUCUGCUCAUUCAAAAACUCAGAACCAGCGAAAAGUCGUCUGGUUAAGGUGCAGCUGGAGCACAACCUGGUAGACUUGGGCAACCUGGACAGCCUGGCUUUCAGCUGCCUAAGAGGCUUUCAGGUGGUGCACUUUUACUGAAGCUGCACUUCAUAGAAACAAAGGUACAAACUGAUAUAAAGCAAAAAAAACUAGAAUAGGCAGCUUGAACUCAAAGGUACAGUAGGCACAGCUGCUAAAAUACCAGAAAUGGACCAAUUUGCUUGUUUCAAUACUGAUUCUGUCUUAACCAAAUGGAUUCAGAAGUACAGGUGACAGUAUUCCUUGGGUAUCAGAGUGCAACAAACCCUGCCAAAGGGUAGCAGCAAGGAGACAAAUGCAGAGUAUUGUUUCAGUUCUGUUUUUAACAUGCUUUUGUCAACUUGCCCUCACUGUUUCCCAUUGGACAGCCAUCAUUAGAGCUAUUUCACUGGUGUAUUAGCUCAAGUAAAGUUCAUCAGAGGGACCCUUGGAGGGAUAAGGUAUCAAGUCAACAUAAAUUUAGACUUCAUCAGCAGAACUGGCCGAGAAAUCAUUGCAAUCUGAUACAAUUUCAUUUUCAAAUUCUAAAAAUUGGAGAACAAAACAGUACAGCAGAGAAAUAAAAACAUGAUUCAUUGCAUACUUUAUUUUGUGCUCGCUACUCAGGGCAAGUGCAUUCCUAUUUUAAAAUUCGGCUCCUUGUUGUGCCUUCUCCAUUUGUUCUUCAAGUGGCCAGUUGUGUUGACGUAGGUGUUAUGCAUGAAAGGAAAUUGAACAGGACAUUUUAAAGGCAGUAAUGAAAUGGGGUUUGAAAAAUGGUUAGUACCACCUGCAUCUUCUAACCGAAGAUCCUUUGCUUCAACAAGAAGAAAAAGAGUACACAAAUAUGGAAAUGGUUACCUUUUAACCUAUAUGUAGGUGUGAUACGUUUACUUUUUUUUAAUGUUAUGUAAUUACAUUAAAUUAUGUUUUAUAAAAGCAACUUCUUUUUCA